GGGUCUCAGUCUCAGUGUCGGAGAGGGCGCCUCGAGGGAAACAACCAUUGCGUUAUUUCGCUUGCUUCCCCAGUCGACCGACCGAGCGACCUGACCUCAUCUGACCUGUUGUUUUUCUGCCUGCCCAACUGCCGAACUGCGUGAAUUGGAGUUGUCGACCGAGUGCGUGCAAUCCCACCUGCAUUCCGAGUGCUUGCUGCUCGGGCGCCGAGUGUUUGUUGUCAGUCCCGCUGGUAUGUGCCCCGUGGCCCGCUGCGGGUCGGUUUCGGACACGUGCGUCGGCCAACAACCGCGGCAAUAACGCGACACGUGAAGGGAAGCGCGACUUGCGCUGCCGCUGCCACCUCCACGUCGGCCGCAGCCGCAAAAACGCGACUUCCGAAGGUCGAGGUCACCGGGCCUGAGAGCGAUAGCAGUUUAGCUGACGCCGAGGCCAUCGGUUUGAGCAGAGCCGAUAUGACUGCCAUUAAUUCGGGCCUGCACGAUGUGCCCGGUGUGCGUCUUCCCCUGCAGACGGCGUCGUACGCGUCGCCCAGCCCCACGCACGCCGUCUUCAUGUACAGCGGGGGCAGCUCGGGGGACGGGGGCGGAGGCGGCGGGACGCGUGACGGCGUCGUCACGCUGCAGCUGCGUGGCACCGCCGUCGGGGUCGACGACGAAGACGACGACGACAAGGUGACGGCCGUGGACACGAGCGGUACCAACCUGGCGUCAGUGCUGGCGAGGCUGCAGCAGGAGGACGCCACCCUGAGCAUCAGCUACCAAGACGGAGAUGUCCUCGCCGAGGGUAGCAUCGAUGUCCUCCUCGGAUCGGGUGCGCUCCACGCUGCAGGGGCCGACGGCACGUUCGACUUGUUCGACUCCGAGAGCGGGCAGGACCUGACGCUCAGCCCACAGACCUUCACGAGCUCGACCGAGGCCUUCCUCAACGAUAACUCGGACAGCUUGCCGCCCACGCAGGCCGACGCGGAUACAGUGGGUAGCUCCAACUCGGAGGACGUUAAGGUGGCCGUGGUGCCGAGCGCUGCGGUGAUCACCACUAAGACAGCAGCUGCGGUGCCAGCAGCGCCGGCCCCGCCCGCGUCGACGCCGAGCUCGUCAUCGCCGACCACGACGGCCAUCGUUGCGGCCGACUCUGGCAAGCUUGCGGUGAAGAAGUCGCGGCCGAAGGCGUCGUCGCCAAACAGACAGGGACCCCAGCAGUGCUUGGUAUGCGGCAAAGUGUUUGGCAACGCGUCGGCACUCGCCAAGCACAAAUUGACGCACAGCGACGAGCGAAAGUACGUCUGCAGCAUGUGCGGAAAGGCUUUCAAGCGGCAGGACCACCUGAACGGCCACAUGCUGACGCACCGCAACAAGAAGCCGUUCGAGUGCAAGGCCGAGGGCUGCGGCAAGUCGUACUGCGACGCGCGGUCCCUACGCCGACACACGGAAAACCACCACACGACCCCCUCGGGGGCGGGCGGCCGCGCCGCCUCCGCCAACUCGGCCUCGACGGCGUCGUCAGCCUCCUCGGAGGAGGCCACCUCGUGCAUACAAUACGCACCGCCCCCACCACCUCCGUACCCGGCCGCCUCCAGCAGCUCGUCCUCGGAGGCGGGCGCCUCGGCCACCGGCUCGCCAAGCCAGCUUCAGCAGCUGCUCUCGUCGCCGUCGCCAAACAGCCCCUCCACUUCGAAUCAGGCGGCGAGUCCGGGCGGCGAAAACGAUGCGACCGACGGUCUGACCCGGCAGCACCUGGAGCUUAUUCAGCAGAUCAUGCAACAGACGCAGCAACAGGCCGCGGCCGCUGCGGCCGCCGCGGCCACCAAAGGCGACAAGCCGGUCAAAAGUCGCACGUGGUCCGGCACGCAGAACUCGACGACCAAGAGCAACACGAGCAGCGGCACCGCAGCGACUACGAACGGCACCUCAGCCCAGGCGGCAACGCCUGCCAAUGGGGAUAAGGGUGGCGACCCCAAGCCUGUCGAGUGCAACCUCUGCCACCGCAAGUUCAAGAAUGUGCCCGCGCUCAAUGGACACAUGAGACUUCAUGGCGGCUACUUCAAAAAGGACUCAGAAGCGAAAAAGACAGACAAGAAAGACUCGGCCGGCCCGCCUUUGCAGACGGCCAGCGUGAGCGUACGAGCCCUUAUCGAGGAGAAAAUCAUCCAGAAACGAAUCACGAACCCGUCGUUGCAGACCGCGGCCUCCGCCGCCUCCGCUGCCGCCGCUUCGCAGACCAAUUUCAGCCCGGCGACCGCAACUGCGUCGGCGACGACGGCAGCCGCCUCCGCUCCAAACGGUGGCACUUCUGCGUCGUCCUCGAGCGGCGACUCUCCCAGCACAUUCCCUUUGGGGUCCGGGCAACCCCCGCAGUACCCGGCCGGCCAGGCGGCCGCAGCUUCUGCCUCCAAGACGUUCGUGGUGCCGGCUCCGCCGUCGCCGGGGCCAACCCCAGAGAAGGUGCGGCGCCAGUCGGACUCGGCGGAUUCGUUCGACGCGGCGGUCAGCGCCGCCAGCGGAAUCAAGAGCGAGCCGGGCAGCGCCACGUCGGUGGCGAGUCCGCUCGCGCUGGCCAUCGCCGCCGAACUGGCCGAGCAGGCCUCCUCGGGCACCAGCAGCUUCAACCUGGCAGCCUUCACCGGCGCCGCCGGCGGAGCCACCUUCUUCAACCAGGAUGACGUGUUUCAGCAGGUGCCUGAGGCAGUGCUUCAGCUUGCAGAGUCCAUCCAGUUUCAGGCUGAGGACAUGGCCGCUUUGGACGACUUCCAGAACACAGACACAAACGGUGACACCGCCGUGUUCUCCACUCAGGGAAGCGACGCGACCGGCCAGGAGUCGAACGAUUUCCCAGCUUUGCAGUCGGUGACGUUGGCCGACAUCGCUGCCUUCAGCGCCGUCGCGUCGCAGAAGGACUUCGAGUUCUCGCCGUCGGCCACCAAAGAUGGCCAGACCGUUUUCGCCUUUUCGCCCCAACAAAACACAAAGGACGGUGGGACGACGUACAACUUCUCACCGCACACGUCGUCGCCGCUGCCGUCGCCACUGCAGGGCCACGACUCGCCAGGCUUCGCGUACCCGACGCCGCCAGCGAGCCAGGAGGGCCCGACCUUCGGGCUUCUGCAGCAGGCGCCGCUGGGCUCGCCGCACGGAACUUCGGCUGACUCUACUUUCGCCUACUACGCGGGCGGGUUGUCGCCGUCGGCGGCGGCGGUCGAGGCCGCCCUGAGUGAGGUUUUGCCCGGCGACGCCCUCGGCAGGUCGCACCACACCCUGAUGUACCAGACAGCGUCGCAGGCCGGCGAACCUUCACCAACAACUGCGGCGUCGCCAAUGUCGGCCACGCCUGUGCCAUCGCCGCUGUCCAGCGUGCCAGCGUCAUCGUCGUCGGCACCGUCGCCGCUGCCGACGGCGGUGGCGUCGACGAACGCGCAGUUCACGCUGCAGAGCCAGAUGAUGCCCAACUCGGACGACCCGCUGCUGUCCAGCAGCCCUAAGGACUUCGGCGGACGAAAGCGGUUUGACUUCGGACUGUUCCGCAACGGCGCCGUCGACGCCACGGCCAUCCUCAGCGGCCUGGGGUUGGUGGUGGAGAACAACGGCGAGCUACGCUUCUACCCGACCUCAGGCACGGCCUCGCCGUCGGUCAGCUCGACCACCAGCCAGCAGCAGCCGGCCCCAAAAUUGCAGAACGCCCGCCUGGUGGCCAUCAAGGACGAGCUGGAGGACGACGUCUUCCUCAGCCCUUCCACCGUGAGUACAAUGCCGCGCCUCAAGAGGCCCAGACCCAGGCCGGACCCGCUGUUCAUCCCGAUGCGCGAGCAGAAGGUACUGCCGCGCGGACCACUGCUCUACAAGUCGCGGCUGCGCUCGCCCAAACUCAAGUCCGUCGGCAGCAACCAGCACCUGUGCUUCGCAGCGACCGCCUUCACGCCUCCGCCCAUGCUCGACCCCGACCGCACUGCCUCAGGUCUCUACAACAACCUGCCCUUGAAGAACGAGCCAAAUAGCAGUGCCGCGAACGAAGACUCUGCCAUGAACUCUGACUCGGUGCCACACAUCAAUAUCAGUCACAGACACCAGGUCUCUUAUAUACCACCGUGCGAUCCGUGUAGGGAAAUGGCGCAAAUGGAGACUCCCAGGGAGCAUUUGUUAUGGGAUCCUAACGUAGGAGCCUCGGAAGGAGAGAUUGACAUGUAUUUGGAAUUCGCCUGCUGUGCCGCGGUGCCAGGCGGUGGUAGAAAUAAGGAAUACGCUCUGCAUUUGCUCAACAUGUGUCACGGCAACGUGAAGGAGGCGAUGCUUAAGUUGAUGCAGCCAACCCCAUCUUUGCCGGCCGGACACCCCCUCCUGAGUUACUGUUACUCAGACUCCGCCAGAUGGGCGCAAGAUGAAAUUGAAGCCUUCCAACAAGGUCUCCUCAGGCACGGAAAGGACUUCCGAAGCGUAUCCAAAGACGUGGCGGGUAAAAGUGAAGCACAGUGCGUGCAGUUUUACUACUUCUGGAAAAAGGUUUGCCCUGAGGAGUACCAGCGACUUAAGCUUCUCAGACAGCGCACCGAGUUUACCUUUCUCAGGAACGUCGACUUGGACGAAUUGGCUAACGAAAAAAUCACCUUCCAGGCAAGCGACGCUGAAGUGAUCUCAAGCACAUGUUCCUCGGACACGCGCCUUUUCAUGUGCGAAUACCCAGACUGCUCGGCCAGCUUCAACUCUCGAGCGGCGCUAAAUGGCCAUGUCCGCAUCCACGGCGGCAACGGCCGACGCUCGCCGACGCCCGAUGGAUGCAAGAACGGGCGUUCAGCGACCGGGACUCCGCCCGUCGAGGGCAUAAGCGAGGAAUUCCCUUGCAAGGUGUGCGGGAAGGUCUUCGGCAAAAUCAAAAGCCGCAGCGCGCACAUGAAAUCGCACCGUCCCCCCGACGCGGAACCCAAGAGGCCUAAAUCGUCAGCCGAAGUACAACAGCAGAAGACGACGCAGCCGGCGACGCCGACCGGCGCCGCCAGCGGCGACGACUGCUUGCGCACGCCCACCCUGAUCACAACAUUGCCUGCGGGACUUGGACUUAUUUAAGUGGAUGAGUGAACCAACCCUCUCUUUAUUGGCAGCUGCAAUUUCGAUGUUGUCAGCGCAGCAUUUCCCACAAGUGUGCUAAUUGUGGUUCUCUACCUGAUGAUCUUCAAGCAUAAGUGUAAUUUUAAGAACCCCCAGACGAAGAAAAGAAAACACAACCCUGCUCUCGUGCUCACUUUCUUUGUGUAUGGUUUAUUUUCGGUUGUCGACAGCUAUAUAUAUUUUUGGUGUUGCCCCCGCCCCUGUUGGGAGAAAAUGAGAGAAUUUCGUUCAUUGAUGAUCAAUUCCACAGCAUUUAAAAGACUUCUCUGUUACUUAAUUGUUGGAAAUUAAUAUACAUACUGUUUACGCGCGGUUAUUAGCCCUGUUUUGCCUUUUAGCGCUCUCUGAGUGAGAAAAACCAUUGCAUCGUAAUGUGAAGAGAGAAAGAAAGAAAGGUUCUGACGCGUUUUUCACGGUUAUUCAAUUAAAUACUGAAAUGUCGCAGGUGUUCUUAUUGUGUAUAGCAUUUGUGUCGAAUUCGAGGUUGCAGGAAAAAUGUGUGUAUCGACGGUUCACUGUUUCUCCAAAUAUGUAGAGUUAUCAAUCGGGUGCGUGCGGCACUGUUGGAAAGCGUGUGACUCGGGUGGCGCGAGAACGACGGGAUUAAGUAGUGAAAGUGCCUUGGUCUCAUACACACAAACACUCACACAUACACACACUUGUUGCCAAAUUGGGAAACGCAGACGGGAAAUGAGACAAACGCGCGCAGCAGCCCUACAAGUUCAAGCACUCUUUGAAUGUCAAGCAAUAUAUCGUUCGCAUUUUCGUAUACCCACCCUCGGACACUCAUUACUACUCGGCGGGCUUGUCAUUUUUCAAUACUAAUUAUAGGAUCGAUGUGCCAAAAAACAGAGUCAUUUUUACACUCGAGGAAAUUGCCAAAUUUACACACCCCGCGCGCGUAUUUGCUGUGAGAAACACGCACGACACACGGGCACAGAGGGAGACAGGCGCCAGUUUUUACGAACGAUUUUUUGUGAUUGUCAAGUGCGUCAAUCAUUGACAAUCGCGGAAGAUAUUUAUUGAUCAUAUUCUUGAAUUCAACGAACUCUCUCGGUGUGUCCUGAUUUUUAAGAGCUACUCGAUGUUUUGAUGUGGAGCGCGCGUUCGUGUCUAGGUAGCGAAUUUCAGUGGCCUCCGGAUUUGUAUUUUGCUGGUUGUUCUUACGCGUUGGAUUGUUGUGGCGGGCUCGGAAAGUAAAGUGCGCGAGAAUGCAUUACAAAAAGAGAAAAAUGCCAGCACAGGUAACGUCGUGUCGUUUAUUAAGAAAAAAUAUAUUUGGGAUGUCUAGGCCUAAAUGUUUGGUGUUCCAGCGCAUCGUUUAAAUAAAAAUACAUAUAUUAUUACUGAUUCAUAAUAUAUAUUCUAGCGAAAAAUGCCAGCAAUUAUUCUUGUAAUAAAUUAAAUCAACGGUGUAUAGAUUUUACAAAGAGAGACGCAGCCGAUCUUCUUGAAAAGUAAGCAAAUGAAAACCUUGGCGCAGAAAAUCAUCUCAAUAAUAAUAGUUGAAGUUGUGCAUCAUCAAUCACGAAUGUGUGACGACUACGCGAACAGAUAUAUUUUAAUAUUUAUGAUACCUCAAACUCACUCACACAAAGCUCUCUCUCGCGAUAAAAGUAUAUAUCACUCACUCAAGUGGAAGAAAAUGUUUAGGCGCCAGGAAUUGCGAAUAUUUUUCAAAAGUAAAAAAAAACCUUAGAAUUAUACUCUCGGGAUUUGAUGGAGACAGGGUGACACGCACGCUGCUGCUUUCGCGCACGGCAUUGAAAAAGAUGACGAUCACUUACAAAAAAAGCACACACUCACAAACCGAACGAGGUGGCGAUCACUUCAAAAGCCCCUGUCAGCUGCCUGUAUCGUAGUGUCUUGUUGUUUAUCGCUCGAGUUAAAAUUGUAAAUUGAUUAAUUGAUUACGAUUGAAGCAGAGUACGCGGGGGGAAAGGCGCGCGGAUCUAGACGGGCGCCGUCUUUAUACAGAAAAUUUAAAUAGAGUUAUUCGAAUUGCUCGUCUCCUCUCUUGAAAUCAUUGGAUGUGCAACACACAGUUUGUAAAUGUGCAACAAAAAUAAACACUAUCACGCAAACACACACACUCACACACACACUCUCUCUACACUCACACAAGAUGUUGUUAAAACGCUGAAUGGUAAAUAUCCAACACAGAGAAAAAAAUCGCCCCUAUCAUUAGAUGCUAAUCGCAACCGUGCAGUUGAUCGGAAAUUUGCUGCUCUCGUUUCGAAUUUUAGAUAUCGUGUUUAGUCUUUGCAUUCAGGAGAAACGGUAUUAGGAUAAUUAAUUAAGCGCGAAAGAGUUUUAAUCGAUCAAAAAGUAGCGGAUUCAUUACGAUGAAAAUAACGGAAAAUUAUUUACACACGAGACAUAAGUUAAAUUAUGAAGAAAAUCUACUGUGCCUGCUGGAACUAUUCUUGUGCCAACAAUCGGAAAAACAGAUAUUUAAGCUGAAGAUAAAAAUAAGGUUGAGACGAUGCGAACACAAUACUAUUAAUUAGUUGAACGCGGAUUAAAUGAAAUAAGCCGAGAUUGAAGAAUAUGAAUGAUCUCACAUUUUAUUGAUAAUAAAUGUGGAAUUUAAAUAUAUUAGAUGAUAAUAAUCGAUGUGCAAGGGGUAUAUAUUUAUCAUGUCUCUCACUCACUCACACACUCACAAGCUAAUCUCUCUUUCUCUCUAUCUCUCUCAAAUCUAAUGUCCGAUUGUAUUUAUAUAAUGUCACGCAAACUCGCAGAAAAUUUGAUUUGUGCGCGCGCCGCCGACGGAAGUCAAGACGUCGAGCGCUCCGAGUUAAAUCUCCUUACACACACACACACUCGAUGGACAGUAUUUUUAUUGUCUCAAACGAUGGAAACGAUAGUUGUCAUAUUUGAAUUACGUAUGAAGUUGCAGAAAAAAAUUGUAGAUGAGCUAUGCAUUGAUGUGUACAAAAAUUUACUGUAAAAGCAAGUUAAACAUACACACACGCGAUCACGGCUCGCUGGCACAGACCCUAGAGGCUCAAAAACCAACCCCCGCACCCGCAACCCCCCCCCCCCCCGCGGCCGGAGUUCUCGGUGGGUGACAUGUGUACAAAGCAAUAAUCCAAACUAUAUCACUCGCUCUGGAAUCAUACAAAUAUUAUAGUUGCCGACAGGACGCGCUGCUCAAAACCAUAACCACGCCAUGUCGCCGAAGUCCCGGCCGACGGACCCUCUGCCCCAAAACCCCUUCCCCCCUGACGACUCGGACUAUAGGCGGUGUUGUGUAGGGUCUGUGACAGGCGACGCGUCCACCAGCACAAACCUGUAUUCUUUGCUGCCCACCCAUCAACCCACGCGGAAAUCGAUUUGCUCACGACGCGAAAAUAAUUUUUUAAAAGGUGAAGAAGAAGAAGAAAAAGAAGAAGCAGAUAAUUUUAAUAAUUCUCAUUUGCUUUGGUUUGUUUGCUCUCUCGAGAAAAGGCCUAAAUGUUCGCGAGAUUAUGAAAAAUGCACUACACAAACAAAACGACAAGAAAGAAAGUUCCCUUUGAAAGCGUAUAAAAGUUGUUUUUUGCGAAAAUGGCGGUGCCAAACAGAGUUUAAUUUAGCCUUUAGCGGCUUGACGAGCCGAGGAGGAGUACUAAACACAAGUGAAGCUAAACGAUGCAAAUAAUUAAAGUUAAACCAAAACACACGCGGAAUCAGCUGCCUCAUUCUUGCUUACACACGAAAACUGACUUAUUAGUUAGGAGUACGCGAAAUAAACGAGUUGCAAACAUUAAAACAAAAGAGAGAACGACACGUGCAAAUAAAACGGGUAAUUUUUUAAAUUGCGCUGAAUUCCCCCGUCGACUUUAAAAGACAGAAGAGACUAUAUUGUGUAACGCUUGUGUUUUCGCCAGUAACCCAUCUCUAUUUAUCUCUCUUGGUUUGAUACACACUUUCGUUCGCCACGGUGUUUUCCUUAUCUAAUUUACACUCUACCGUUAAACUACCGCCUAUAAUUAAGUAACGGAUAUAAAUAGUUGUUGAGUUUUCAAGUUUGCAAGAUGUGAUUUUAAAUCGUAAAAGAGACGUGGAGAUAAUUAAAAAUGGCACUAAAAAGGCUGUUUGCAAAAUCGCUCCUUUAUAAUAAUUUAGAUAUGAAAUAUGAAAACUGCUCACUCGUCGCUCUAUUCGAUUAUUUAUGCAAAAAAAGAAACUAACAGGAGAUCAGAAGGGGAGGACGCGAUUUGCUCCCCCUCCACAUCUCACUCAGCCAGCCAGUGUUGAGAAAUAUCUAUAUUUUUCAUAUGAUUUCCCUGGAACAAACUAAUAAACUGAUAUAAAAAGAGAAUAAAUAAUAACUCAAAGCUAGAAACACAGAAACACAUACAGACACAACCAAGUGCAAGACAAAAGGCCAAAAGAUGUUAUUUAAUGAUAACGAGCACCUUGUAUGAGUGGAAAACUCUGGAGGCGAAUAUAUAUAUUGUAUUUUAUUAUGAUUGCUAUUGAUUAUUUUAAAAGAGAAUGGUUAUUAUUGUACAGUGGACUGAAAAUAAUAAUCUGCUUUCUGUUAAAGAGUUAUCAUUAUGUAAAGUGAACAACACAACUGCUGCAAUUUUAGUUGUUAAGUUGAUACCUUUUCUCACCACUCACACUAAAGACACAAGAACUUAAAAAAAAAUCCAGCAAAACGCAAAGUGGUCAGUUGAAAAUACAGUUUGCAAAGAAAGAUGGUGUAAUAUAUCCACGAGAUUAUGUAUUAUUGUGUUUCUUUUUCUAUAAAAGACGAAAAUAUGAAAAUCAUCCUCUUGUCCAAUAAAAUUGAAACUAUAUUAAA